AUGAAAAGAGGAGGUGGUGGGAGACAGGGAAAUAUCGCCUUGAAGCUUGACAUGAGUAAGGCGUAUGACCAGGUGGAGUGGGUUUUCUUGAAGAUGGUAAUGGAAAAAAUGGGGUUUGCCGGGGAGUGGAUCAGUCGUAUAAUAGCUUGUCUGGAGAGCGUUAAUUUUUCUUUCAAAAUUAAUGGGAAAAUUUCUGGAUCCGUUACUCCGACUAGAGGGUUAAGACAGGGUGACCCUAUUUCUCCAUAUUUGUUUCUGCUUUGUGCUGAUGCGUUCUUGACUUUAUUAAAUAAAGCAGCAACAAAUAAUCUCAUCCAUGGUGCUAGAAGGGCAUCGGGUCAGAAAGUUAAUCUAAGCAAAACUGAUGUAACCUUUAGCAAAAAUGUUGAUAAUAGUCGAAGGGAGGAAAUUAUUGGGAUUCUUGGUGUUACGGAGGUUGAGCAACAUGAAAAAUAUUUAGGCCUCCCCACUAUUAUUGGCAGAUCAAAGAAAGUGAUUUUUGCAGGGCUUAAAGAAAGACUGUGGAAGAAGCUUCAAGGGUGGAAGGAGAAAUUAUUAUCGAGACCGGGGAAGGAAAUACUCAUCAAAGCUGUGGCUCAAACUAUCCCAACAUAUAUGAUGAGUAUCUUUAAAAUUCCCGAUACUUUAAUUGAUGAGAUUCACUCUUUAUUGGCUAGAUUCUGGUGGGGUUCCACAGACUCGGGGAGAAAGAUGCACUGGCAGAGAUGGGAGUUAUUGUGCCAACCGAAGGGCAAGGGUGGAAUGGGUUUUCGUGAUCUCCGCUAUUUUAACCAAGCAUUGCUAGCAAAACAAUUAUGGCGUUUACACCACAACACUGAUACUCUGGUACAUAAGAUUCUCAAGGCAAAAUAUUUCAAAAGCUGUGAUGUAUUGAAAUCAAGUGUGGGCUUUGAUCCUAGUUUUGCUUGGAGGAGUAUGUGGAGUACGAGAUCUUUGCUCCUUGAGGGUAUGAAGUGGAGAUUUGGUAAUGGGAGUGAGAUUAAUGUGUGGAGUGAUACAUGGCUACCUGGUAAUACAUCAGUUUGGGUUGCUACACCCUCUGUGGAUAGUGACCUAAAUUUAAGGGUCAUUGAUUUAAUUGAUCAUGAUAGCAAUUCGUGGGAUGUAGAGAUGGUGAAUAACACUUUCAUUGCUGAUGAAAGGGCUGCAGUUCUUUCCACUCCUCUCUCGAAUAGAUGUCCAAGAGAUUCUAUGUACUGGUGGCCGAAUAAGAGUGGGGAAUACAGUGUGCAAUCGGGAUACUGGUUUGGAAAAUCUGGAGGUUUACUGGAAGUGGACAGCGCAUGGGAUGUAGUGUGGAAGCUCAUUUGGAGUAUGAAAGCCCCCCCGAAACUUUGCCAUUUCAUGUGGAGGGCAUGCAAGGGCUUCCUUGCAGUACGUGAAAGGGGCUCUUCUCAACUUGGUGUGGUAGCGAGAGAUGAGAGGGGUAUCAUUCUGGCUGCGGCUGUGAGGAAAGGGGGAGAGGGGUGGUUAGUGGAGGUAGCUGAGGCUACUGCAGUAGUGUAUGGGCUGAAGUUGGCUAGAAGAAUGGGGUAUGCAAGGGUGGAAAUGGAGAGUGAUGCUCUGAAUGUGGUGAACAGGGUCAAUCAUAAAACUAGUGGCUGCUCUCCUUUCUUCCUCGUGAUAGAUGACAUUUUAGCUUUAUCUUUAAUGUUUGAUCGUUUCUCUAUUUCGCAUGUUAAAAGGUCGGGAAAUACUGUAGCCCACUUUGUAGCAAGAUGGGAUACUAGAAACUGUGAUGAGUAUGUUUGUACUGUUUAUGCUCGAUUAUUUCUGCUUAAUUUUAUCAGUUUGUCUUCAAUUUUUUCAAUUUGUUCAUCAACUUUUAUGAAAGAGGCAGACUUUGAGAGUAGUUUGGAAGAGCCUGAUUUUGAGAGUAGCUUGGAGGAGCUUGAUCUUGAGAAUAUGUUGGAGGAGGCUAUACCUGAGUAG